CUCAUCCCCUACCUGCUCAUCGUCUUCGUGGGCGGCAUCCCCGUCUUCUUCUUGGAGGUGGCCCUGGGGCAGUUCAUGAAGCAGGGGGGCAUCGCCGCCUGGAACAUCGCCCCCCUCUUCAAGGGUCUGGGCUUGGCCUCCAUGGUGAUCGUCUUCUUCUGCAACUCCUACUACAUCAUGAUCCUGGUGUGGGGGCUCUUCUACCUGGUGCACUCGCUGACGGACACCUUGCCCUGGGCCACCUGUGGCCACGCCUGGAACACCGAGCAGUGCGCCGAGCUCUUCCACCUCGAGCUCUGCCGCAACGGCAGCGCCAACGCCAGCGCCGGCACUGGGCCCUUCAACCUCAGCUGCGCCGACCUGGCCAGCAAGCGCUCGCCCGUCAUCGAGUUUUGGGAGAACAAGGUGCUGCGGCUCUCGGGGGACCUCAGCGAGCCGGGGGAGAUGAACUGGCAGAUGAUCCUCUGCUUGGUCACCACCUGGGUCGUCGUCUACUUCUGCAUCUGGAAGGGCGUCAAGUCGACCGGGAAGAUUGUCUACUUCACGGCACUCUUCCCCUACGUGGUCCUCAUCCUGCUGCUGGUCCACGGUGUGACGCUGCCUGGGGCGCUGGGUGGCAUCGUCUACUACCUGAAACCCGACUGGUCCAAGCUGGCAGAGGCACAGGUCUGGAUCGACGCCGGCACCCAGAUCUUCUUCUCCUACGCCAUUGGGCUGGGUGCCCUGACCGCGCUGGGCAGCUACAACCGCUUCCACAACAACUGCUACAGGGACGCCUACAUCCUGGCCGUGAUCAACAGCUCCACCAGCUUCUUUGCCGGCUUCGUCGUCUUCUCCGUGCUGGGCUUCAUGGCAUCCGAGCAAGGCGUGGACAUCUCCAAAGUGGCCGAGUCCGGCCCCGGGCUGGCUUUCAUCGCCUACCCAAAAGCCGUGACGCUGAUGCCCUUGUCCCCGCUCUGGGCCACGCUCUUCUUCUUCAUGCUCCUCGUGCUGGGGCUGGACAGCCAGUUUGUCGGCGUGGAGGGUUUCAUCACGGGCAUCCUGNGGCUGUGCCCGUGCCGGCGUGGAGGCGCCUGUGCCAGCGCGGGGCAGCCAGCGCAGCCCCGGUGAUGCGCAGUGCCGUCCCGGCAGGGCGGCAUGUACGUGUUCCAGCUCUUUGACAACUACUCGGCCAGCGGGAUCACGCUGCUGUGGCAGGCUUUCUGGGAGUGCGUGGUCAUUGCCUGGGUCUACGGCGCUGACCGCUUCAUGGACGACGUGGCCCGCAUGAUCGGCUACCGGCCCCUGCCCUUCAUGAAGUGGUGCCGGGGCGGGGGGGGGGGGCGGUGGUGCUGGGCCGUGGUGACGCCGCUGGUCUGCGUGGGCAUCUUCGUGUUCCACGUGGUGAACUACAAGCCGCUGACCUACAACAAGACGUACGUGUACCCGUGGUGGGGGGACGCCAUCGGCUGGGUCCUGGCGCUCUCCUCCAUGCUCUGCAUCCCCUGCACUGUCCUCUACAAGCUCCUGCGCUGCAAAGGCUCCCUGCGCGAGCGCUGGCAGCUCCUGACCACUCCGAUCUGGGGCCACCACCACCUGGAGUACCUGACACCCGAGGCAGAAGCCAAGCUGCUGGCCCCGGAGCCCCCCAAGGAGAAGGCGAUGCUCUUCGAGACUGUGAUCUGA